AUGAAUAAAGACGAAAAUAAUCAUGGCGGUGGUCUGCACUCAAGAGAAAAUGUGUUGGAACACAUUUUUGAAAGUGUAGAGCAAAUGCGGAAUCAACGGAGUGCGUGGAAUGAAGAACUAGGAGAUUUUUUUCUCACGGAGGCUAAACAGAAGCGAGAAACGGAAUCUCUGACGAGGCGUGUAAAGGCUGGUCAAGCGAUUACAGAAGCGGGUGGGGCUUUUCAUAAAUGGAUGGAACGACGUGUAGGGUUUGGUCUUGGGGAAGAAAUGAUACGAGAAUGGUUUCAUAUUGAUACGCUAUUAGCAUUAACUCCAUUUGUAGCCUUUGUCCCUUGUCCACGUUCACUCUCUGAAAAGGGAAAGAAAGAAUUAGUACAAGCCGUGGAUGCGUUAGAACUCAUACGAUUUAUGGUUCAAACAGUACCGGUGCAUUUUCCACUCUCAAAGAUUGCACCAACAUUUGUUUCUUCACCUUAUCAUCAACAUGAGACGGAACGUAUAUCGAAAUCUAAUCUUGGGGAUUUAUCGUAUGUUGGAUUACCUUGUACAUAUGGAGGUGAUGCGUUAAAUCUUAUUGCAAAUGAUGUUUUCUUAUCUUGUGCACUUUACCGAACUCCUUGUCUUUUUCUUAAUGAUCAUGUACCACGUGUCUCACUAUGUAUUCAUUCUAUUACAGUUGGUGGAUUAUGUGUGGCUGCGGAAGUGGCAUGUAAUAUUUAUAUCGCUGAGAAAUUAAACCUGGAUGAUAUUAUUCUGGAGUGUAAAGAAUCUUCUGAGGAGAUAACAGCAUUGGCAUUAGCAUUAAAAAAUUUUGUGGAAGGACAAAUUGUUCCAUCUAUUGGAAAACGUUCCUUUCAUGCUUUAUUACUUGGUGAAUUACCCAUAGGAGAAAAAGAUUCUUUAAUAACAUCUAAUACACACUUCUCUUUGUUGAAUUUAGAUACACUGGAUGAGUGUGAAUUUGAGUGUUUUACACAAGAUGAUAUAUUUACUAUAGCUCGGAGAAUGACGAAUGCCCAUGAUGAGAAUAAAGUUCUUCCUACUGUAUUGCGUUUCUUAAAGCGACGACCUCUCACGGGAUGCAAGUCUGAGAUUAAACCACAUGAAAUCCCAAAAAUGAAAUCCAUCGAAUGA